CAUUCUCGCGUGUUUGCGUGGGAAGUGACGUCAUCGCGCACAUCCAGCGUCUGGCCGUAGCCGUGAGUGCCCUUCAUCCGUCUCCAUCCUGCCAGGUUUGACUCCCAAAAGCACGCAGAAAUGGCCCUGCUCAAGUCCAACAAAGUGUUCGUCUCUUUGGGAAACAUUACCCCGUCCCUCGGCGUGUUGUCCGCCCGCAACAGCUCAUGGUGGGGCGGAGUGCAGAUGGGUCCCCCUGAUCCUAUCUUGGGUGUGACCGAAGCCUUCAAGAAGGACAGCAACCCCAAGAAGAUGAACCUGGGGGUGGGAGCUUACAGGGAUGACCAGGGCAAGCCCUUUGUCCUCAGUUGUGUGCGCAAGGCAGAGGCUUUGAUUGCAGCAAAACAGCUGGAUAAGGAAUAUCUUCCCAUUGGGGGGUUGGGAGAUUUCACGAAGGCUUGCGCCCAGCUUGCUCUCGGAGCUGAUAAUGAGGUCCUGAAGAGUGGCAGGAACAUUACUGUCCAGACCAUCUCAGGAACUGGAUCUCUUCGCAUUGGAGCCAACUUUUUGUCUCGGUUCCACGGAGGACCUCGUGAUGUGUAUCUGCCCAAGCCCUCCUGGGGUAACCACACACCCAUCUUCAGGGAUGCUGGCAUGCAGCUCAAAGCGUACCGCUACUACGACCCCUCCACAUGUGGCUUUGAUUUUAAGGGUGCGCUGGAGGACAUCUCUAAAAUCCCAGAGCAGAGUGUGAUCUUGUUGCAUGCUUGUGCCCACAACCCCACCGGUGUUGACCCCAGGCCUGAGCAGUGGAAGGAGAUCGCUGACAUCGUGAAGAAGCGUAACUUGCUGGUGUUCUUCGACAUGGCGUACCAGGGCUUCGCGAGCGGAGACAUCGAUCGUGACGCCUGGGCUGUGCGCUACUUCGUCGAGCAGGGCCACAACAUUGUUCUGUCCCAGUCUUAUGCUAAGAACAUGGGUCUCUACGGUGAGCGUGUGGGAGGCUUCACUGUGGUGUGUAAAGACAGCGAGGAGGCCAAGAGGGUGGAGUCCCAACUGAAGAUUCUCAUCAGGCCCAUUUACUCCAACCCGCCAAUGAAUGGAGCAAGAAUCGCUACGACUAUUCUCAACACGCCAGAUCUGCGUGCACUUUGGCUGGAGGAGGUCCACGGGAUGGCCAAUCGCAUCAUCAGGAUGAGAGAGCAGCUGGCGGCCGGGCUGAAAAAGAACGGCUCCACCCACAACUGGCAGCACGUCACCGACCAGAUCGGCAUGUUCUGCUUCACGGGCCUCAAACCGGAACAGGUUGAACGCAUAACGAAAGAAUUUUCCGUGUACAUGACCAAGGAUGGCAGAAUCUCCAUGGCCGGCGUGUCCUCCGGGAACGUGGAAUACCUGGCGGAGGCGAUCCACGCCGUCUCAAAGUAGAGCGGAUCCCGCCGAGGGAGACUAACAUCACCCGAGCGGCGAGGUGGAAGAGAUUUGACACGUCGCCCGCUCUCCUCCUUUCAUUUCUUAUACACAGUUGCAUUUUCUUGGACUUCAUCAGCCUACUGUCCAACUUGUUGCUGUUGAAUGGUUUACUUUUUGUUUUGUUUUGUUUUUUUCUCCAAAAAGCACGUCAUUAAAUAACGGAUUCCCCUGCGAAAUUGUUCAUGGUGUUCACUUUGAGCUGACUGAGAAAUAUACUGUCAUCUUUUUUUUUAUUUAUUGCUCGGAACAAACCUGGCGACUGUUCUUCUGCUUUUGACUCACUCAAUUUAAACCGUUAGGGUUCAUAUUUAGAUGGUAGUUUCAAGUACAAGUGAAGAUUUGUGGAAGCAUGUGAAAUUGUCUCUUGCCCCCCACCCUCCCCCGCACUUUAUUAUUUUAUUCAAAGGAAAGCACUGGGACUUUUGGGAUUAUGCUGGGACUCUUUUGUCAGCGGUUUAAAAAAAAAAAAGUCUGCUUGUCACACUUUUCAGUCUUAUGUCGUACUUUUCACUCAUCAAAAAUUAACUUUGCAAAGCAGCAGUUUCUCAGUCAGUCGUGUCAUUUUAUCCAUUAAAACAAAGAGUCGCGGAAGACAAACAAUGACUUAUUGAGAUCUGUAAGGAAGUGGGCGGUGAUGAGUUUCACCGCAGAGAUGCUGUAUUUCAUUCAUAUAUAUUUUUUUUUUAGAUUUUGAUCAUAGUUUUGCAUUCAAUAUUGGUACGGUACAGAUGUCUGAGUGUGGGGGCGUUAAGAGGCAAAGUGUCUGUAAGAUGUGAGCAUUGAGGGCAUUUGAAUGUGAAAUGCGACCAUUUGCCUCUACUCUGCAUAUACGAUAUUGGUCAUUGCAUUAUGGAACUAUAAUAAAUCAUUUAAGAGUA